GGCUAAUAUGGAGCAAGAAAGCGUAACGCCAGCUGUUGUCCAUCAUGGCGAGAGCCUAUCUGGUGGCAUUUGAGCUUAGUAGAAUGAAGCCUACCCUGGACCUAGAGUCGGCGCGUUGAGUGCGUUACACAAGACGCCUCCCCGCAUCUAAGGACCUAGUGUAUGGACGGUUCCCCCACCGCGGAACUCCUCCGAGUGACGUAUCCCCCACGUCUAACCCGCUGAACUGAUAACAGUCCGGCCGGCCUGGGCUGAUGUGAUCGUCUCCUAACGACAGCAUUGCACUCUAGAAGCGAUCAACCGAGAAGGCAGACUGCUAGGCAAGGAGUAACAACUAUGGGGUCGCAGGUCGAAGAUCAAGAUGAGCUGACGGUCCUCGUCACGGGCUUUGGUCCAUUUAGGGAACAAUACCCCGUCAACCCGUCGUGGGAAAUCGCCAGAGGCCUGCCGCAGUAUCUACCCCCUCUCCGAGCCAAAGACCCCAACUCGAGGCAUUCCGUCGACUUGCCCGAGGUGCGCAUCCUGGUGUACCCCGAGCCUAUCCGCGUCAACUACAAGGUGGUGAGGAAGCUGGUCCCCUCGCUCUGGGAGACGUACAAUGGGCGCAAGGUAGACAUUGUCAUCCACAUCGGCAUGGCGGGACCCCGGCCGUUCUACUGCAUAGAGCGGAGGGGCCAUCGCGACGGGUACAAGCACACCGACGUGGAUGGAGAGAAGGUCGACGAAGAAGAGGAGCGCAAGCCUGGUAGCGACUGGGUCUGGCGCGGAUUGCCCGAGGAGAUUGAGACGGACCUAGAUCCCGAGGACGUUUUGAAGAGAUGGCAGGGACACAGCGCGAAGGACAUGGACCUGCGAAUCUCGGAGGAUGCGGGGAGGUAUCUGUGCGACUUCAUCUACUAUUCGAGCCUGGCGCAACUUUGGAAACAGGAGAGGGAAAGGAAGGUGGUCUUCUUCCACGUGCCAGCGGAUGCAUCCGGCUCGAGCAUCACCAAAGGACGGGAACUAGCAGUCAACCUGAUUCGCUCGAUUGUAGAGAGCGAAGUGAACAGGAAGAAGCAGCCGACCGAGCCCCAAAGUAAGGUAUGAAGCCGUCCACAGCUAGCUUUGGCGUGUUUUGCACUGGUCUGAUAGGAUGAUGUAUGGCUGCAACAAUACAUGGAAUAUGAACCCUGAAAGCACUUGCUCAAUCCCGAAGAUGGAGAUAAAAAGAUGAAGCAAUUCCGAGGUAGCGUGGAUAGCUGCGAAGUACUCGUAGUAGGUAUGGAAUGACACCAGGCCUGAAGUUUGGCCGGGGGAGUUGCACAGUGUAUCGGCGAACAGUGCCCGAAAACAGGCCGAGAGUCCCCGACCACCACUUAGAGACUGACAAAUGCAAAAUAAAAUGCGACGGACUGCUGAAUAAGGCUGGGUGGCCUUUGGCGAGGAAAGCUACCUAGAAAUUUGGUGAAUCCAGUGUGUCAAAGCUAGUCGAACCCCGCGGAAAUGGCUGGAUCCAGA